AUGAAUUUUAUUAUCUUGUCUAUUAUAGCCGUCCUGGCUGGUGUGGCUAUUGCAGCCCCUUUGCGGGCUGUUGGGAGCGCCAAUACUAUUACACCUCGAAGCAAUAGAAUCCAAGCGCAGACCCUCACCCCCGAGUUCCUGCAAAAGCGGACACCGGUUGGCUGGGACAGUAAGCAUGUCGUGCACCCCAGCGACGCAGAAUUCUUGAAGCAUAUAGAUAGACACAGGGUGAACUGGGAACUCGAAAAAAUACCAGAAUAUUGGGCUCAACAGCGCGAAAAAGAAGAGGCCCAAGAAUUGCACAAACAAACAUGGAGUGUGCACCAGACACAAAUGCUCCAUGACAAGGCGGCCGCAAACGCGAGGAUCCCGCAGCACGCGUCGGGCAGCCGUAGAGGUGGAAAGGGCGGCUCUAAUCCAAGGGGCGGACGAUAA